AUCUCAGGAGGGGAACAUGUGAGCAGGGAAUGGGUGACUGGAAACAGGAUUAUUGCUCUACACAGCAGAGAGACGCAGGAGGGACCCGGGACAGAAGAGACACUGGGACACUGUGACAACUCCGUGGAUUUCCUUCCCUCCUUCUGAUAUUUUACGCGUCAGAGAAAAACGGUGGAUUGUCUGACCAAAGAUGAACACCAUCGUCUUUAACAAGUUGAGCAGCCAGGUUCUGUUUGAGGAGAAAGCGAAGGAGGUGGAAAUGAGCAGCAGAAAUUAUCUAGAAGUGAUCGACGGACAGCAUUCAGACCUCCUCUCCAGCAACCAGACCAUCAGAGACAACCAGGCGAUCAGACACCGGCGGAGCGGGGGUCGUCCCAGUGGUGGUAAAGUCCGACACAAACGUCAGGCCCUGCAGGACAUGGCGCGGCCGCUCAAGCAGUGGCUCUACAAGCACAGGGACAAUCCCUACCCCACCAAGACAGAGAAAAUCCUCCUGGCACUCGGCUCCCAAAUGACGCUGGUUCAGGUGUCCAACUGGUUCGCCAAUGCUAGGAGGCGACUGAAGAACACAGUGAGGCAGCCAGACCUGAGCUGGGCGCUCAGGAUCAAGCUGUACAACAAAUAUGUUCAGGGGAAUGCAGAGAGGCUGAGCGUUAGCAGCGAUGACAGCUGCUCAGAAGAUGGGGACAACCCUCAGAGGACACAGAAUAGCCCCGAGGAGCUCAACAAGCCCAUGUACCAGAGUGUGAUCAAGAAGGAGGGCUCCUCCAUGGUGGGGAUGGCCAUGGGCAUGGGCAUGGGCAUGGGCAUGAGCAUGGGUAUGGGCGCGGGGCUGCGUUCGGCCGCCGAAGCCGCCUCACUGGCAGAGGACUACGUGUCUCCACCCAAGUACAAGAGCAGCCUGCUGCACCGUUACCUGAACGACUCGCUGCGCCACGUCAUGGUGGCCAACGCCGUCAUGGACGCUCGAAAGAGAAACCACUCCGGCUCUUUCAGCUCCAACGAGUAUGACGAUGAGCUGCUCUCGCCGUCCUCCUCUGAGGCUGAGGCGAACUUUGUUUAUCGGGCUGAAACCACAGAGCAUGGAUCAAGUAAAUGUGACAGCUCGCUCAUCAGCAGCAGCGGUGGCCCCAGAGCCACACAGAAAGAAAAGGCGAAAGGCAAAGACGAGACAUACUGGAAGGAGAUCAACGCCGCCAUGGCCUUGACCAACCUGGCACAGGGGAAGGACAGUGCCUCCGGGACCACCAGCUGCAUUAUCCAGAAGUCCUCUCAUAUAGCAGAGAUCAAGACUGUCAAAGUGCCGCUGGUGCAGAAAUAUUAGCCUGGACGUCGUCCUCCCGUCCCCUCUAUGCAAACCAGCAAACAUUCCUGUUUCAGCAAACUCACCAGAGUCCAAAUAAACUCCCCCCUCCCCACCCCAAAAUGAAAAGAACUGUUGUUUAGGGAGGGUGGUCGUGGGGUGGGGGUAUUUGAAGUCAGGAAGUGUGAGGCAGAAAAAGAACUUUCAUUCUUUUUGGUUGUUAUUGAUGUCUGAAAAAAAAGGUUCAUAAGAGGCCUUGGCUAUCUUCUCUUUUGCGAGUACUAGUUUUAGCAGCAGUAUUUCCUUAAAAAGAAAAAAGAAAAAAACUUUUGUAAUGUUAACUUAUUUUU